CCGAAAACGAGACGUUUCAGCGAUCAAAACAGUCGAAAAAUAAACCUUUUUUUUCUUCUUUAAAUCCAAAAUCCUUUUUCCCCAAAUUAUCAAUUUUGCACCAGGUGGAAAUGGCUACCCCGCUUUCCUCUUCUCCUCCCGAUCCUUCUCCCUCCCCUCCCCAAGCUUCUUCCUCUCCUCCUUCUUCGUCGCCUGUCACCUCCACCAUCGCCGUCGCCGACGACGAUCAACAGCAAGACCUAUCUCAGCAACAACAGAAUCAAGCGGCAGCUGAAGAAAAAGAGUGUCUGUACAAGACCAAAACCGUACAGUUCUUGGGACGCACCACCUCAAUCGUCCUCCAAAACGACAAUGGACCUUGUCCUCUCCUUGGCAUCUGUAAUGUUCUGCUGUUAAGGAACAUCAUAAGUUUGAGCCCGGAUGUUACUGACGUCUCACAAGAGAAAUUGCUUUCACUUGUUGCUGAACGGCUUAUUGAUUCCAACAGUAACAUAGAUAAUAAAGAUGCAGGUUUUGUGGAGAAUCAACAACAGAAUAUUGCAGAUGCAAUAGAUUUGCUUCCAAGACUUGCCACUGGAAUUGAUGUAAAUUUAAAAUUUAGGAGGAUAGAUGAUUUUGAGUUCACCCGAGAAUGUGCCAUAUUUGAUCUGCUUGACAUUCCUUUAUAUCAUGGUUGGAUUGUUGAUCCUCAGGAUGGAGAUACAGCUGAUGCCAUUGGGUCGAAAUCGUAUAAUACUCUUAUGGGGGACCUUGUUGCCCUUGAAACACAAAAGAUGGAGGAUGAUGAAAAUAAGAAUAACCCCGAAGGGGAUUCUGUGGAUUUUGCUGCUGCUGCAACUGCAGUUCUGGGUGUUCCUUCUCCAUCACUUUCAAAAACUAGAUCGUUUGAAGAAUCUCCUCGUUCAGACAUUGAGAAUAGCGAGUUGAAGAAAGGAGACCGAGAAGAAGAAGCUGAGCUACAGAGAGCUUUGAGAAUGUCUGAAACUAGCCCGCAAACUGCAGAUGGUGCCUCUCUUUUAACAGCUUAUGGUCAUACUGAGCUUGGAUCUGUUGAUCAAGGUGAAGCUCCAUUUUCCAAAGGAAGUUCUCCUGUAGAUAUUAUCAAGGAGCAUACUUUAACUGAUGCUAAUAAUGGUUCAUUUAGUAAUGGUCAUUGUGAGCCAAUAUCUGUAGAAAACCCCGGUGAGGAGAUCUUAUCUUCGUCUUUGAAGACUGAACAGACUAACCACAUUGAACAGUCUAGUUCUCCAAAUUAUGGGGAAUCUGAAUUGAGCAAUAGCACGCCAUAUGUACAGGUCUCUAGUAAGGUUUUGAUUCAGCAGAAUGAUCUCAAGCCUGGUGUGGCAGAAGAUGGCGGGUCUGUAUCUGUGGGUGAAUUUGAUAUCCCUAUAAAGCAAGACCCUGCAGAUACAUCACACAGUGAGAAGGCCGAGACUCAAUUUGGUUCUAACCUUGACAUCCAUGGACAAAUAGAGCUAAGUAGGCAUGGCUCUGAUGAGGUCUCACAUUUAUCUUCAUCAAGUCCUGCUACAGAAUCAUCCAGUGGGUUAGUGCAGAACAAGGAUGUAACUGAACCUUACUCCCCAAGCAUUGAUGGUAGUGAACCCAUAUACGAGGGCGAAGAAUGCAUAUUGGAUUCAGGAACUCCGAAGUUUGAUGAUGGGGAGCCUGUGUACGAGGGUGAGGUUAUUCUUGCUGAACAAGUUGAUAAAUCUGUGGGAUCCAAAGAUGGUCUCACUCCACAACAAGGAGAGCUAAUAAGGAGCUUUUUGAAGAACAAUGCCAGCCAGUUGACCUUUUACGGCCUUUUUUGCCUGCAAGAGGGUCUAAAGGAGCGUGAACUUUGUGUGUUUUUCCGAAAUAACCACUUCAGCACCAUGUUUAAGUUUAAAGGCGAGCUUUAUCUCCUAGCUACUGACCAAGGUUAUCUGAACCAGCCUGAUUUGGUGUGGGAAAAGCUCAAUGAGGUAACCUUCUCCUUCUUUAUCUGCACGUGAAGCUGGACUCAAUCUAGAUUUGAUUAUUUAACUCUUCCAGACACUCUCGAUUGUGAAAAUGCUCGUGUUUUUUUAUGAAAUUGUUAUUUAGUUACUGAUUGUGAAAACUCUGGUUCCUGCUUUGGUAGUAUAUUAUACAGAGGUGAGAAAAUAGCAUCAUACAGAUACAUCAAUUUACUUUCUACAUUAUUUUCUUUCUUUCCAAUAUCUGUACCAACCAUUAUUUAGAUAGGUUUUUUGUGCUAAUUAUAAAUGCCUUUUUAUGAUGCUUUCUCGACUCUGCUAUAUAUUCUUAUGGAUCCUUCUGUGCGUUCUGACUUGCAAUCCUUUUGCUAUUCAGGUCAAUGGAGAUACAUUGUUUAUGACAUACAAUUUCAGGGAAUUCAAGGUGGAAAGUCACGCUAACGACUCUUGGAAUGAGCAGAAUGCCAUGGCCAGCACUGCUGACUAUCUUGCAAACAUGGAUACAGCUGCACGGGAUGGUGACAUAAGUUCUGAUCUCCAACUGGCAAUCGCUCUGCAGCAACAGGAGUUUGAACAGCAAGAGCCACAACGCCACAACUCACAGCCACUGUCUUUGGGGGGAAGUGAAUCGGGACUCAUAACUGGUCCUCCGGCACCCAGAACCGGGGCCAGAACAGCAACACCAUCCAGGGUCGAGGUGAAAGCCAAGGAGAAGGACAAGUCGUCGUGUACCGUUAUCUCCAGCCCUUACGUCAUCGCCGACUUCGACGGCCAGCGGAAGCGCACCUCCACCAAGUACCGCGACCUCAACCUGGUAUGGAACGAGUCGCUCGAGUUCCUCGUCUCCGAUCCGAACAACAUGGACCACGAGAGGCUCGACAUCGAGGUCUUCAACGACAAGCACUUCGGCAACGGCAGCGGCCGCAAGAACCACUUCCUCGGCCAGGUGAAGCUCUACGGCUCUCAGUUCGCCAGGCGCGACGACGAGGGGCUCGUCUACUUCGCGCUCGAGAAGAAGAGCGUCUUCAGCUGGAUCCGCGGCGAGAUCGGGUUGCGGGUCUGUUACUACGACGAGAUCCAAAUUAAAGGCCAAUUAGGUUUCCAAUCGAUCUACGGGUACCGGAAUUCGCUGUGGGCGAAGCACGUCGGAGCGCCACUGGCGGCAGUUUGCGGCGGAGACGGUGACGGUGAUGAAGGGUCAUUUGUUGAACUUGAAGUAUCCGGUGGAAGUGGAUCCCAC